AUGGGAAACCAGGACGCGAAGCCGAAGAGGAGUGCGGGCGAUGCCCCGCACGGAGGCGGCGGCGGCGGCAGCGAGGACGCCGCCGGGCUCCGCGAGGCCGAGGGCACAAAGAAGGCGGGCGGGGGCAAGAAGGCGCCGGGCCGGCACGGCAAGGGGGGCGGCGGUGGGGAGCCGGGCAGGAAGAAGAGCCGGUCGGAUCCCAGGGCCUCGGUCUUUUCCAACCUGCGCAUUCGGAAGACCCUGUCCAAGGGCAGAGGUGCUGGCGGCUCCCGUGAGGAUGUGCUGGACCCCCAGGCCCUGCAGGCCGGCGAGCUGGACAGCGCCCACUCCCUGGUCACCAAAAUCCCGGACCUCAGCCUCUCGGCCGACGAGACGGGCCUGUCCGAUACGGAGUGUGCCGACCCUUCCGAGGUGACGCGCCCCCGGCGUCCUGGCUCCGCCGGGGUCGGGAGCCCGGCGGUGGCCGAGGAUUCGGAGACUGCGGCGGGGGUGCAGGAUGGACAAAGGACCAGCUCGGGCUCAGACACAGACCUCUACAGCUUUCACUCGGCCGCGGAGCAGGAGGACUUGCUCUCGGACAUCGAGCAGGCGAUCCGUCUCCAGCAGAUGCGGCAGCAGCAGCAGCCCCCGAGGCCCGAGUCGCCCCCGGCGUCGCCCCCCUCCCCCGCCCACCCUUCCGGGGCCCUGCCGGGCCUGGACCGACCCCCGCCGGGCCCAGGCGCCGAGGCGGCGCCGUCCGCGCGCCCCGACCGGGCCCCGGCUGCAGACCGGCCCGCGGCCGCCGCCUUGCCGUCUCCCGGGUCGGCUCCCGGGGAGCGAGGGGCCGCGGACACGGACGAGGAAGGCGAGGAGGACGCUUUCGAGGACGCGCCCAGAGGCUCUCCGGGGGCGGAGUGGGGCCCGGCGGCGGGAGAGGCCCCGCGCAGGCCGGGGGCGACGCGCGAGGAGGGCGCGCCGAGGCCCAGCGUCCCCGCGGCCGCCUCCCCGCGCCGCAGCCCGGCGCGCAGCCCGCGCUGUUCCCGGGCCCGCCCGCUCCUGGCGCCCUGCUACGUCAGGACCACCACCCGGCAGCUCAGCUCGCCCGGGCCCUCCCCGGCCCCGUCCCCCAGCCAGAGCCCCCGGGUCCAGAGACGGCCGGAGUCCUCCCUGGACUGGGGGUCCGGAGCCGCCGCGGCCCCCGCCGCCGCUGCCGCCGCCGCGGUCAGGAAGCCCCGCGCGGGCCGCAGCCGCUCGGCCGACUGGACCGCGGAGCUGGGCCGAGCGCCCGGGGCGGGGGUCUCGGCGCACCUGGCGCAGCGCGGGGCGGGCGCAGGUGAUACGGGAGGUGGGUCUUGUGUCACAGCCUCAUCUGAGCCGGGGGACCCGCCAGUGCACCCGCUUAACGACCGUGUCUCCCCUGCAGGGCGGACUCUGCUGGAGAAGCUGUUCAACAGGCAGGAGAACGGGCCUCCAGAAGAAGCAGAGAAGUUCUGCUCGCGGAUCAUAGCCAUGGGUCUCCUUCUUCCUUUCGGUGACUGCUUCAGGGAGCCGUGUGGUCAGGAUGCCCAGUCCAGCUCAGCUCCGUUUGAUCAAGAUCAACUUUACACCUGGGCUGCAGUUAGUCAACCUACACACUCACUGGAUUAUAUAGAAGGGCAGUUUCCCAGGAGAGUCCCAGCUGCUUGGCCACUGUCUAAACCUCCUGAUGAAGAACACAGGCCCAAGGAUGCUGAUACAGAGUCUCAAUCUGCUGUUUUAGAAACUCCGAAAAAAUUUUCAGAUGCUGCUCAGCAGGAAGUUUGUGACAUGAAAUCUGAGGGUCAGGCCAUUGUCAUUCAGCAGCUGGAGCAGACCAUUGAGGAUCUGAGGACCAAAAUAGCUGAGCUAGAGAAGCAGUACCUGGCCGCAGACCUGGAAGCGGCCACCUCUGGAGACACGUGUGUGCGAGCUCUCAGUUUGGGAGAAAAGGAAGUAGGACAUCAAAGGAUUUUACAGGCAAAGUCCAUCCAGACGUCCUCGACAGAGGAGGGUGGGACACUGACACAUCCUUCCAUGGGUGCCUUGCCUGAGGCCACGAGUGGAGACUCAGCCGGGCUGUCCUCACCUCCUGGACCUCAGAACAAGUUCUGCGCAGAGAUUUCUUUGGUUGUGUCUCCAAGGCGAAUAUCAGUUCAGCUCGAUGCACAUCCAUCCCUCCAGGCUCCACCACCCACGUCACCGCCCUGGUCUGACGGUCAAGGACAGGCGAGCUCACAGCCUUCCCAUCCUUCUUUUCACAUGGAGUUUGAAACCAGCCACGAGCACUCUGCUUUCCCCUCCUCUGAAAACAGCCAUGACAUCCCCACUGCACUGCCUUUGUCUCCCAAAUUCUCCCACCAGAUGCCUGGUCUGGGCACUGUGGCUCCUCCACGGACCCCACCCCAUGUCGUGCCUGAGCCCGCACUUCCCAGCCCACCGUGCCCCUCACCUCCUCCUCCGCCUGGUCCAGAGAUGCUGCCACCCUGUCCCCUACCUUUGCCUGCACCCCCUCUGCUUCCUGGAUCCGGCCUUGCUCUCCCACCACAAGCUGGGAGUAGCACUUCACCAACACUGCAGGCGUGUGGAUUUCUUCCUCCACCGUUGCCAGCUGGCUUGUUUGGGUUCGGGUUGAACCAGGACAAAGGGAGCAGGAAGCAGGCAAUAGAACCUUGUCGGCCGAUGAAGCCUCUGUAUUGGACGAGAAUUCAACUGCACAGUAAAAGAGACUCCAGUGCUUCACUUAUUUGGGAAAAAAUUGAAGAGCCAUCCAUAGAUUGUCAUGAAUUUGAAGAAUUAUUUUCUAAAACUACUGUAAAGGAAAGGAAGAAACCAAUUUCUGAUACCAUCACAAAGACCAAGGCUAAACAAGUUGUCAAGUUACUAAGCAACAAAAGGUCACAAGCAGUUGGAAUAUUGAUGUCUAGCCUUCACUUAGAUAUGAAAGAUAUACAACAUGCUGUGGUGAACUUGGACAAUUCUGUGGUUGACCUGGAGACCCUUCAAGCUCUCUAUGAGAAUAGAGCACAGUCAGAUGAACUGGAAAAAAUUGAAAAACAUGGCCGGUCCUCCAAAGACAAGGAAAACACCAAGUCUCUGGACAAACCUGAGCAGUUCCUUUACGAACUGUCACUAAUCCCCAACUUUUCAGAGCGAGUCUUUUGCAUCCUGUUUCAGUCCACAUUUUCAGAAAGCAUUUGCUCAAUUCGGCGCAAACUGGAGCUGCUACAGAAGUUGUGUGAGACAUUAAAAAAUGGCUCAGGGGUCAUGCAAGUUUUGGGUUUGGUUCUUGCCCUUGGCAACUACAUGAAUGGUGGAAAUAAGACUCGGGGACAGGCAGAUGGUUUCGGGUUAGACAUCCUCCCAAAGCUGAAAGACGUCAAAAGCAGUGACAAUAGCAGAAGCCUUUUGUCAUAUAUCGUAUCCUACUAUCUUCGCAAUUUUGAUGAGGAUGCUGGGAAGGAACAGUGUGUGUUUCCACUGCCCGAACCCCAGGACCUCUUUCAGGCCUCGCAGAUGAAGUUUGAAGACUUUCAAAAAGACCUCAGAAAACUCAAGAAAGACCUGAGAGCCUGUGAGGUUGAAGCGGGGAAAGUGUACCAGGUGUCCUCAAAAGAGCACAUCCAGCCAUUCAAAGAAAACAUGGAACAAUUUAUUAUUCAAGCUAAAAUUGACCAAGAAGCGGAGGAGAACUCACUGACAGAGACUCAUAAAUGCUUUUUGGAGACUACAGCCUAUUUCUUCAUGAGACCAAAAAUUGGAGAGAAGGAAGUGUCGCCAAAUGUUUUCUUCAGUAUCUGGCAUGAAUUCAGCUCCGACUUUAAAGACUUUUGGAAGAAAGAAAACAAACUUAUUCUACAAGAGAGAGUAAAAGAAGCUGAAGAGGUAUGUAGGCAGAAAAAGGGAAAAUCACUUUAUAAAAUAAAACCAAGACAUGACUCUGGAAUUAAAGCGAAAAUAAGCAUGAAAACCUGAACAAAGAAAAGCAGAAAGAAAAUGAGUCCCUGCAGCCACUUCCACAGAAUUCAGCCGACCUGAGGACAGGAAGGAAACUCAUCAUUUUGAUCACUUUUCUUCUUGGCCUCUUGCAUAAUCUUUGUGUUUUCCAGACAGUUCACUGAUUGUUGAAUUCUACUGUAUAUUAAAAAAAAAAAAAGAAAAAGCAGUAGGCCAGUGGAGAAUGUGACACCUUUUCUUUUUGUAAAAGUUUAUGGUAUUUUACCGAUAGACCAAAACAGCAUGUGUAAGAGGCAGUAUCUGCAUUAAUUCUGAACAUGCUAAACAGUAACCUUCAAUUUACUGAUGUGCAAAUAGCCCUGUCACAGUGAAACACGUUCCUUCCUACUGACGACCAGUACUCCACAUCACUGCAUUUAGAGUUAUGGUUAAAAUGUUAUUUCUAGUGAAUUGUUUGUAUCAGUUUCACGUCUACAUAUAAAUUUUCUAUUUUGAAAUUGAAGUACCAUUUAUAUAUGUCAUAGUCAAGGCUUUCCCAGCUCUUGGGUUGGUCUCUGUAACUAUAUAUUUGUGAAAGAAGAUUUUCAUUUUUUUACUCAUCAGAUAAUGAAUAG